AUGGCGGAAAAGUGCGUCCACCAGGGCUGCGGGAAGGUCUACACCGAUGCAGAGGAGCCCUGCGUCUACCACCCCGGCCCUCCCAUCUUCCACGAGGGCCAGAAAGGCUGGAAAUGCUGCAAGCCCCGCGUCCUCACUUUCGAGGAGUUCAUGACGAUCCCCCCCUGCACAACGGGAAAGCACUCCACAACCGACCUGCCCCCCAAGAUCGAGCAGAAGAAGCCAGACCCCGCCGACGCUGCCCUCCUCGAUAAGCUUACUUCGGCCCCGGCUCCGGCGCGCAAGCCCCUCUCCCAGGCCCAGGCCGCUCCCUCUCCUCCCCCGCCACCCCCGGAGUCCGAGUCCGACGAUGCCUCCCUCGAGAUACCCGAUGGCACCACCUGCCGCCGCAAGGCCUGUUCAGCAACCUACCGUAAGGGUUCCUCCCGCGACGGUGAAUCCUGCGUUCACCACCCCGGCGUGCCCAUCUUCCACGAGGGUUCGAAGGGCUACAGCUGCUGCAAGCGCCGCGUUCUUGAGUUCGACCAAUUCAUGAAGAUCGAGGGCUGCAAGACCAAGAACCGCCACCUGUUCAUCGGCAGCGGCAAGAAGAAGGGUGCUUCCGCAGGCAGCGGAGGUGAGGAGAAGCUCGACACCGUUCGCAACGACUUCUACCAGACCCCGUCUACCGUCAUCGCCUCCUUCUUCCUCAAGAAGAUUGUCAAGGACAAUGCCAAGAUCGAGUUCAAGACGCAGUCCAUCGCCCUCGAUCUGCCUACAUCCGACUCCCCGCCCAAGCGCUACACCGCCGAGGUGCCUCUGUUCGCGCCCAUUGACACGGAAAAGUCGACCUUCAAAAUCCUCGGCACUAAGCUUGAGGUGACUCUCGCCAAGGCCGGCGGCGAGUCGUGGCCGGUCCUGCGCAGUGACGACCGUCUCACCGGCGAGAUAUUACAAAUCGGCAAGGCGGGGCGUCUGCAAUAG